AAAGCCAGUAAACACAGUGGUGAGUUUGUCGGCUGCCUGGAAAACUGCUUAGAAAGCCUCCUUCAUCAUGGAAAUAAGAAAUCACCUGUUUUCGCCGCUGACUAAUUUCGAGACAUACCAAAUCAUGACAGCGCUGAAAACUAAGGACACUAAGAAGAAAUUUGGGCUGAGGAAUUUGGCGACAAUCUGCUAUGAAACACUGCAAUACCUCGAAGAGACACCCUGUAAAUUUCAGUCAAAAGACAAGAUAGUAGAGUUCCGGGAAGCUGUGAAGAAAUUCAAUCUCACAAAUUCUGAGUGCUUCAUGAUGGCCAAUGAUCCACCCACCAAUCCUCUCCACAUCCAGCUUCUUGUUGAGGAUAGCGAAGAGCGCUUAACGGAGGAACAAGUUGCGGAAUUAUUGAAAAUUGUGGAAAAAACUCUUCUGGUAUGAUCAAAGCUUUAUUGAAAAAUUAGCGUUUCUGA